UGCUGGGACACAACUUCCUACUAGUAAUGGUCCCCUCAACCAAGCUUGGAUGUAAGCAAAGCCUACAUCUUUGGUCAGAGAUGCUGGUCCAAAGGACCACUGGGUCCCUUCCCCUAUGUCCAGACAGGAUGGGGGAGGGGUGAGGGCUUUUCUGUUAACUAGCCCUGGUAUCAUGGCUAGGCUCAGACCAAGAGUUUGAACUAAGAGCUUUUUUUCUUUCCCCUUAAAGAUUUAUUUUAGGAGGGAGGGGCAGAGAGAGAGAGAGAGAGAGAGAGAGAGAGAGAGAAUCUUAAGCAGACUCACUGCUGAAGGAGGAGCCUACCUCUGAGUCUGAUCUAUCAACUCUGAGAUCAUGACCUGAGCCAAAAUCAAGAGUCUAACACUUAACUGACUGGGCCACCCACCCAGGCACCCCUGAACUAAGAACUUUUGCAGAGAAUGUGGGGUGGGGAGCAACAACCUCUGACAUUCAGACAAACCUCCCUCUGUUGUGCCAAGGAUGGGUAAAAUCCCCCACUUAGGUGGAGGUUUGUGCUAAUUUCUAUUUGCACUCAGAGAAUCCAUGUUGGGAUUGGAGACCUGAGAGAUGAAGUGCUCUAACUCUCUCAUUUUACAGGAAGUCGAGGACAGAGGAGGGAGUGUGGGUCAUUUGCUGCCAAAUCAGACAGCAGAUGCCAGAGGCGGAGCUGGGAGAGAAAAAUGGGCAACAUACUGAGCUACUUAAAGCUUGGUAAAGACUUUCUGAGGAAGAGUGCAACUCUUCCAAAGCACUAAUCCUAGGAGUCCCACCUGCGAGCUCUCCUAGAUCUCAACCGAGGCAUCAAGCUGGACCCAGGCAGUGCUGCUCUGAGGCUGAUGGGCGUUUCCAUGGCUGCAACUGCCUCCUCCGCUGCAUCCUCUUAUGGCUGGUCCAGUGAUGCUCUCUGCUCUCCUUACAGGGUUCCAUUCCUCCUUAGACGAGAUGUCUCACCAGAAAAAGCAGCCCACCCCCAUGCCCCCAGUGGGUUGCGGGAAGAACUCGGGUGGCGGCGGCGGCGGCGGCUCUGGCGGCGGCUCCGGCGGCUGUGGCUUCCAUAGCGGCGGCGGCAGCUCGGGCUGCGGCGGCGGCUCCGGCGGCUGUGGCUUUCAUAGCGGCGGCGGCGGCUCGGGAGUGAGCGUCAAGUAUUCCGGGGGCGGCAGCAGCUCUGGCUGCGGAGGCUACUCUGGUGGCGGCGAAGGCUCCGGCUGCGGCGGCGGCUCCGGAGGCUGCGGAGGAGAUUCCGGUGGGAGUGUCAAGUACUCUGGGGGUGGUGGCAGCUCCGGAGGCGGCGGCCGCAGCGGCUCCGGCUGCGGGGGUGGCUAUUCCGGGGGCGGCGGCGGCUCCGACUGCGGCGGCGGCUCCUCCUGCGGCAGCAGUAGCUGCUACUCCGGUGGCGGCGGCGGCGGCGGCGGCGACUCCGGUCAGCAGGUCCAGUGCCAGAGCUACGGAGGCGUCUCUAGCGGGGGCUGCGGGGGUGGUGGCUCCUCCGGGGGCGGCGGCAGCUCCGGCUGCGGUGGCGGCUCCUCUAGUGGAAGCUCCGGCUGCGGCGGGGGCUCCUCCGGCGGCGGCUCCGGCUACUUCUCUCAGCAGACCACCCCGACCUCGUGCGUGCCCCAGCAGAGCUACGGAGGGGGAUCCUCCGGAGGCAGUUGCGUCGGCGGCUCCUCCGGGGGCGGCGGGGGCUAUUUCUCCAGCUGCGGCGGCGGCGGAGGCGGCGGCGGCGGCGGCGGCUGCUCGUCCGGUGGCAGCGGGGGCUGCUUCUCCAGCGGUGGUGGGGGUGGCGGCGGCUCCGGCUGCGGCGGCGGCUCCUCCGGGGGUGGCGGGGGCUGCUUCUCCAGCGGUGGGGGUGGCGGUUCCCCUGGGGGUGGCAAGGGCGUCCCGAUCUGCCACCAGACCCAGCAGAAGCAGGCGCCUACCUGGCCAAGCAAAUAAGGUCCGUUAAAGGCCGCGGAGAAGAAGAGAUGGAGGUGUUCUCCGUGGGCGCCAAUGGGCUUAGCUCUCUCAUGGUAUUGCCCUGAGGUUCCCAAAUCCUUCAGGUGUUAACACCCGAGCCACUGAGCUCUGGGGCUGCCUCUUGUUCUGUAGUUUUUCAUCUUUGGUUUCUAUACAAUUACCUCCCAACCCCGGUACAUCCUCAGUCAAUAAAUGUGCAA